GGCUGAUUUUUUUCAGCAGCGCUCCCGCUGUGUGGCUGCCUGCUGGGUAGUCAGAGUCCAGUGUGGUCUCUAUCUCUGAGAGGUUGAGUUCGCCGAUGGACCGAGUACUUCGUUUCGUGCGGCGUACUCGCUACUUGUGACAGAGAAGGUGUACGGUGCCAGCAGACCCUGCCCGUAGUUUGUCUGCAAAAUCUCAAGGAGCCCAAAGUAUGGUCAUUACACACCCCAAAAGCUCACUGAAACCGCGUUAAAGUCCGAUCAAAAUGACAACCAUGGAAACCAAGGAGAAAAGAGCAUACAAAAUUGUCCUGACAGGUGGUCCUUGUGGAGGAAAAACUACUGGCCAGUCCCGUUUGUGCACUUUCUUCGAAAAUCUUGGAUGGAAGGUGUUUCGCGUCCCGGAGACUGCCACGGUCCUGCUAAGUGGCGGCAUAAAGUUCACCGACCUGUCGGAGGAUGAAGAGUCGGCCGAUGGGUUGUGUCACCGAUGUUUAGUUCUGCGGGGAGAGGCUUUCAAGUUCCAAGAAAACCUCCUGAAGACGAUGAUUCAAAUUGAGAACACAUUCUUCGCCCUGGGAGAGUCCUGCACAAGAAACUGUCUGAUAAUCUGUGACCGUGGAGCUAUGGAUGCUAGUGCUUUCAUAUCUAAAGAGAAAUGGGAGUACAUGCUGGCUACAAACGACUUAAAUUCCGUUGACCUGAGAGACAACCGGUACAACCAAAUCAUCCAUCUUGUGUCUGCUGCAAAUGGAGCAGAAGAUUUUUAUUCAACAGAGGAUCAUGUUUGUCGUAGUGAAGGUGUUGAAACGGCUAGAGAGUUGGACUACAAAGCUGCAGCUGCGUGGGUGGGACAUCCAUAUUUUGAUGUCAUAGACAAUUCUACUGACUUCGAAACCAAAAUUUGUCGCAUGAUUUCGAGCAUCUGCCAAAAGCUGGGUAUUGAUGUUGGUGACCGUCUCCUAACAAACUCGCGCAAGCUCAAGUUCUUGGUUAGAGGCCCUCUCCCAUCAGAUGCUGACUUUCCACCAUUCCAAGACUUUGAUGUAGUUCACAACUACCUUCAGUCCAACAACCCUCAAAUGCAGGCUCGUCUCCGAAAACGUGGCCAGAAAGGUCAUUGGAGCUAUAUCCAUACUAUUAGGAAACCCAAGCUUCGUGGUCAAGUUGUGGAAGUGAAAACCCAGCUUACUCACCGUGAUUAUGUCAACAUGCUUACUCAACGAGAUGAUUCACAUUUCACCAUAUUCAAAAAACGGCGUUGCUUUUUGAUUAAUAACCAAUACUUCCAAUUGGAUAUAUACCGAGAGCCAAGUCACCCAAGGUGUAAGGGCCUAGUUCUGUUAGAAACUUACACAGCUUUGGAUUCCAUUGAGAAUACUCUCCCAUUUUUCCUGACUGAUGUUGUGGAUGUCACUGGGAACCCAGCUUACUCAAUGUUCAACUUGUCGCUAAAGGAGGAAUGGAAUGCAACAAAUAAGUUUUGCCAUGGGCUGAAAGAUCCAAUGGAUGGCGACAGCAAGAAGCCUCUUGAACCCACCACCGCUGCAUUUCUUAAAACAGUUACAUCUGAAGAGGGAAAAUCAAAUGGCAUUCCUAAUGGUGUAGCUGGCACUGUCCGGUUGAAUGGUGUGAAGAAUGGCGUCAAGAAUGGUGUCUCAAUUGAUGUCCCCAACGGAGAAUGUGGUAAACACAAUGGGGUCUCCAAUGGCUGUAUUUUGAAUGGUGUUAAUAAUGUAAAGUCGAGUGGCAUCUUCAAUGGGGCAUGUGCUGAGAAGAUACACUUGUCUGGUGAUACCCUGAAGAGGGCUGAAAAUGGGGACAGCACUGGUCCCAAGAUGCAUGCUGUGAAUGGAAGCAUAGCAGUCAAUGGCAGCUAAUCUCAUGGGAAGACAGGAGUAAAGCUUUAGAUGUGACUGCCUGCCGGCCUGCAGAGCACUCUAUGUAUCUUGUAUUGCAUAGUAUUUGAGCCACUGACAUGUAUUAGUAAUUGCUUAGAAGCAUAUUGCUACUCCUGUCCUCCCAGAUAAACAGAUCCAUUCUGUAGAGUGUAGGGGUUUAAUGUCUUAGAAAUUGUAUGUUGUGAUUGUGCUUUAGCUUAAAAAGUUACAAGUUCUCCUUAGACCGCCUUAGACUGCCAUCAGUCUAGCUGGCGGGAAGUGAUUCAGUUAUACUAGUACUAUAGCUUUGGCUCAAUUACUCAAGUUAUUUUUGUGGUUAACAGUAUUUACGUGGCUUAUGUAAGAUCUGUGCUGCUUAUUUUGUAAUGUGGACAAAUUUUCUUUGUGUUGUGUGUAAUCUCAUGUUGAUUACAUAUCUUAAAUUUUAGUUCCCAUCUUUGUCCUUAGUUGAUUUAAGUAAAUCCACUAAGUGCCUUCUUGUGGAUGGUUUCUCUAGUGCCAUACAAAAAGUCUUUACAUUAAGGACUAAACAUUGAAAUGUGAGGUUUCUGUUGAAAUCUUGCCAUAGGUUUAGAAGAUUUUGUGCUCGUCCUGUAAGAACUUGCCUACCCAGUGCCUUUACCUGCAGGAAGCAGUUGUAUCAUUUUAGUUUUUAUUACAGACAAAGUAGGAAAAAUUAUCUGCAUUGUGCCACAUAUUUUGGAAGAAACUAGAAAUUAGGAAUAAUACAGGAAACAGCAUUCAUUAGAAAAUGUGUUGUAACAUUGUUGGAAGUCCAGCAAACCUUGUUGAAACUUUGAGCUUCUUGUUUCUUAUACCAUUUUAGAUCUUCUUUGAUAUGUAUUAUUUUCCAAGUUUCAAAACCUAGGGCAAAUGUAGUGAUGCCUUUUUUAGUCUUAAUACAGCAUGCAAGAGCUGAGAUUACUGUAAGGUGAAAAUGCCAUCAAUGCUUAUGCAUUGAUGUAUUUUCACCUCAGCAGAUCCAAGUAAAACUCAGACUUAUCUUGAAUAAAUCUGCUGACAUUAGUACUUCUAGCUAUGUGAUAGUAGGUUUUUCUUAACAGAAAAGCCUAAUGCAACUUUGUUACAGUAGUUGCGAUUUUACUUGAACUGUAAUAUUUUGGUCUGACCCAGUAAAAUUGCAUCUAGUAUUUUAACUGUCCUACUGCUGAACUAAAUAUGUACAGUUUGUAACAUCUGCUGCAUACUUUUGUAUUCAUUUAUAAAAAUAGGCUUCCUGGAAUGAGAUCUCACUGUAAUCAAUUGGUACUUGUCCAGGCAUACACAGCCUAUGGAGGGAAAUAUUGAAAUUACGGCUUUAAGUACAGAAUAAUUAGCUGUAAGUUGUUUUGUGAUACAUUGUGUGAGAGUGAUGAGAAUUUAUUUUUAAGUACCUGCUAUGAUGGACUCUUUUUAGCGGGACCAGCAGUAUGGGGAAAGGGAAUACCAUUUUGGAAAUCUCAAACAGUAUUUUGUUACCAGUUUGUUUUGCUAUUAAAAUUCAUGCCAGGCCAUUCUAGUUAGUAAAUUGAACAUAUUUCUUCAGGCCCUGUACAGUCACCACUUCAUUUUGCAGUCUUGAAAUUUAUCACUAUCAGUGUGGUUAAUUAAUUUGCAUUCAUUUUCACGUCAUGUACCUUGUUGUCAGAAAACAUUUAAGACAUGUUCUUAAGUUGUAUCAUGAAUUCACAUAUGAGCUGGUUGAAGCUUUCACCAUAUUAAGGCCAAUUUUUGAAUUAAUUUACUAUGUACAAAGUUUCAGCCUGAUACUGUCUAUUUUUUCAUUUCUUCAUAUAUUAUUAAAGUCGUGUAUUACAACAGAACUCUUAUCAAUAUGUGUUAAUAAAUAAUUUCUAAUCUUUA